AUGAGCUCUUCCGUUAAUCAGUCUCCUAAACGAAUUAAUAAAAAACAGUCUCUAUCAAUUUUAUCCGGUUCGGCUGUCAAUCAACUGAAUAAUACUACACAAGAAAAUGGGAAACCAAUAAAAGAUAGAGUCAUCAGUGAAAGUACCGGACUUAUCAAAUUUCAGCUAAAAAAACAAACUGUGUCAAAUACAAAUGAAACCCAUAGUUACUCUAAAUCAUUGGGGAAAAUUGAUGAAAAGGACAAGGAAAACAUUGAUUUAUCAAGUAAAGAAUCUCCUGUUAAGGGAGUGCCCAUCUAUGUUCCUAUAGGCAAUGAAAAAAAUACAAAUAGUAAGAAUGAAACAGAAGAUUUACUAUUCCAAAUGGCUGCUAAACAGAGGGUUAUACUUGAUUUGGCAGAGCAAUUGAAACAGGCUCAGGAUGAAUUAUCAGACCUGGAGGUAAAAUAUAGACAAACUGUUGUGAAAGAUUCUCCAUGUAGUCCACCACCCCGGGUUGAAAUUUCCAACAUUUUUGAAAAUCGAGUUAAUUUACAAAACGUAGCUUUGACAAUUAGAAAAUCGACAUCUAUGAUGACUAUGAAUACCCCAAAAAUUAAUACUGAAAAGAUUGCAAAAACUCAAAAACAGGUUGCUGAUACUUUCAAUCAAUUUACAAGCAAUAUAUCAAAUCAAAAUUUCUUGAAUAAAGGAAAAUUCUUCUUUGAAUCUAACAUGAGUAAGAACAUACAAAGAGGAACUUCUUUCUUGAAUUCAAUUUUUGACAAUGAAGAUGAAUCGGAUGAUCAGAUGAAUGAUAGUGACGAUACAGACUACAAUAAUAGAGAGGAUAUAUCAUUAGAUGAAAAUACUCCUAACUUUGAUUAUAGCGUUGACUACGACUUGGAUCGUUUGAACAAAAUAAACAUCCAGAACAAAGUCAGAGGAACGCUAUUGAGAGAAUUAGAAGAUGUUGAAGAAAAACAAGAAACUGGAGAAGAUUUUGACGGGUCGUACCUACAUCGCAGCAUCUCAAAUUCGAGUUUAUCCGAAGAUGAUUAUGGUGGUGAUGUAAGUGUAAUACAAUAA